UUCACUACUCUUUCCCGAAGAUCUCAGCCUUAAUCCACACUCGCGGGAGCUUCAUAUCGUCACAUUCCGUGAAGAGAACUCGGCGGAAAUGUCAUGUGGCAACCCUACGGUCGAGACCGAUGCUCUCAUGCCCAAGAAAAAGCGGUAUGACAAGACCAAGCAAUGCGUGCGAUGUAAAGUCGUGGAGGGGAACAUCGUCAUCCGUCACGCCGUCUACUGCAAAGAAUGUUUCUUCCCGCUCAUGACCCACAAGUUCCGCCGUUCACUAGAGCCACACGUCAAUCUGAAGCCUGACGGCCCACGGCGGACUGCCCUCAAGCCCUCAGGGAAUCUAAUGGUCGGCAUCUCGGGCGGGCUGGGAUCGACGGUGCUACUGGACUUGGUUCAUCGAUGCUACAUCGCGAUGGACCAGAGCACGAUGCCGGAGGAUGGAGGCGCGCAGCAUCCACGCCAUGAGCGGGUAUGGAAGAAGGUUGCCGCAUGUUAUGUGGAGAUCUGCGAUGCGUUCCCGGAGAUCGAGGAUCGCACGGCUGAUGUCGAGCAGCUCGUUGAGAGAUAUAGUGAGAUUGAGUUCAUACCAUUGCGAUUGCAGGAUGCCUUCGAUCGCAGGUGGUGGGAGCGGAUACAGUAUAAGGCGGAGUCGAUCAACGCUGCCAUUGACUUGACGGAUGAAGAGCUCCUCCUGGUGCCGCACUUGGCGUCCAUUUCCUCGACUGAGGACCCAGUACAAGCGUUACGGAUAUAUCUCGCAUCUUUACCUACCGCUACAGCCGUGUCAAGCACUGUGAAGACCAUCACGCGUCUUCUUUUGCAAUUCACAGCAUGGGAGACGGGCUCUUCGCACCUAGUCCUUGGGACGUCUCUGACGAGCCUGGCAAUGUCUCUCAUAUCGAGCGUCUCGCAGGGCGCUGGGUUCAAUAUCAAGGAAGAGAUGCAGGAGGAGUGGGCGCCGGACAGCGGGGCGCGAGGUGAGGCUGGUAGGAAGCGGACUGUCAGGGUGAUCAGGCCACUGCGCGAUAUGGGCAGGAAGGAGUGUGCGAUGUGGGCGUGGUGGAUGGGUUUGAGUAUUGUUGGAAAGGCGCCGUGGCCUUGGUUGAGUUCUAGGCAAGAUAUUGGCGCACUAACGCGAGAUUUCAUUGGUGGGCUUGAGAAGGACUAUCCAUCGACGGUGUCGACCAUUGUUAGGACAUGUACGAAGGUGGCACCGAAGGGCGAAUCUUCUGGGAUUUGUGUCCUAUGUGCACGACCCAUCCAGGCGGGCGUUCAAGAGUGGAAGUCGCGAAUAUCGAUCCGAUCGCGCUCGCCACCAUCCAAUCCGCACGAAACGGAGAAGGGACUGUCCUUGACGCCAUUCCUAUGCUAUGCUUGUCACACAACGCUCACCAGCAAGAGCAGUCGACCUACUCCGUCGCUCGACACCUCGAUGACGAAGCCAUCUGCGGUGCCACUGCCGACAUGGGUGGGGCCUCAACUCUCCCAGCGCGACGAGGUAUUCAGGGCUGCCAGGAUGGGGAAGGAGAGAAUGCAAGGCGUCGUGCAGGACUUCUUGCUCGACGAUGGCUAGACAUAUGCUCAAGUCCGGCGGUAGGAUAGAUGAGUUCGUAGGCGCUCCCUUCAGAGUCAUUCUACAUUUGGGAGUCGUUGGAUGGUCUUCGUGGAAGCAUCUGCAUGUAAUACACCGGCUGAUCGGUUAAUGAGAGGUUGCCCUUGUCUUCUUCAGGCC